AUAAUGCCCGUCCCGUCCGCCUGACUGCGGGUUUCCUGGAGCCAGCAGCGGCUGAAGUCCGCCAGGCUCUCCCGGCGAGGGGUCACCAUGUUGGCCGCGGCGUUAGGCAGCGUGCUGGCCGGACUGCUGGCUCUCGCCGUCUACCAGAGGCUGGCGUUCCCCUUCUUCUGGCUGGACCUCAUGUACUACUGGAAACUUCGGAGGUACGGGAAGAAGUUGGCGGCUCGUAUGCAGCGAGGAAUCCUCACAUAUCUCGACUGUUUUCUGGACCAGGCGAGAAAGACGCCGAACAAAGCCUUCAUCAUCUUCGGGGAGCAGACCCUGACGUACCGGGACGUGGACCGGAGAAGCAGUCGGUUCGCGAGCGCGUUCAGGACGCAGGGCUCCGUGAAACAGGGAGACGUGGUUGCGCUGUUGAUGUCCAACGAGCCGGACUUUGUCUGUGUGUGGCUGGGACUCUGUAAGCUGGGCUGUGAAGUGGCCUUUCUCAACGGGAACGUUAAAGCCAGGUCCCUGCUGCACUCCGUCCGCAGCUGCGGGGCCGCGGCGCUGGUCGUCGGCGCAGAUUUGGUGGCUCUGGUGGAGGAGGUGCUACCGGAUCUGAAGCAGGACAACAUGGCUCUGUGGCUGGUGGAUCACACGGCACCGUCGGCCCAUUUCACCACUCUGCUGGACAAGGUGGAGCACAUGUCCGGAGAAAGCUUACGGGACCUUCCUAAAGUCGACCUCAUGUCCAACUUUCUCUUCAUUUUUACUUCAGGCACCACAGGUCUCUCCAAAGCAGCUCGGGUGGGUCAUCUAAAGGCCAUCAUCAGCAUGACCUUCUUUCAGAUGUGUGGCGCCACAUCUGAUGACAUCAUCUACAUCACUCUUCCUCUCUACCACAUGUCUGCUUCCCUGCUAGGGAUCGGGGGAUGCAUACACCUAGGCGCGACGUGUGUGUUAAAAAAGAAGUUCUCUGCCAGUCAGUUCUGGUCGGACUGUGUGAAACACGACGUGACGGUGGUGCAGUACAUAGGAGAGCUCUGCCGAUACCUGUGCAACCAUCCCCCGGUUCCGGAGGAGAAAGCUCACCGGGUCCGGCUGGCAGCAGGAAGCGGCCUCAGGUCAGAUGUUUGGAAGGAGUUUGUCAAACGAUUUGGAAAGAUCCAGAUCAGAGAGGGCUACGGCCUGACCGAGGCCAGCGUCGGCUUCCUCAACUACACAGAUGAGGUCGGACCAAUCGGGAGGGCCAGCUAUUUCAACAAGCUGUCUAUGCCCUUUGAGCUGCUGAGAUAUGAUCCACAAUCCUUCGAGCCAGUCCGAACAGACUCUGGAAGAUGCAUACGAGCACGAAUCGGAGAGGCAGGGCUCCUGGUCGCCCCUCUGUCAGCUAUGAACCAGUUCCUGGGCUACGCUGGGAACCAGGUCCAGUCUGAGAAGAAGUUGCUCCGGGACGUCUUCAAAGCUGGGGAUGUCUAUUUCAACACGGGAGACCUCCUGGUCCACGAUCACAGAGACUUUCUUCACUUCCAUGACCGGAUCGGAGACACCUUCAGGUGGAAAGGAGAGAACGUGUCCACCACAGAGGUGUCGGAGGUCUUAGGUCUUCUUGAUUUCAUCCAGGAGGCCAACAUCUACGGAGUCACCAUACCAGGAUAUGAAGGUCGCGCAGGCAUGGCUGCUAUCGUGUUAAAACAGGAUCACAAACUAAAUGGAACAAAACUCUACAACCAUUUAGUAGAAACACUUCCUCCAUACGCCUGGCCGCGCUUUCUCAGAGUCCAGACCUCUCUGGAUGUGACGGAGACCUUCAAGCAGCAGAAGGGGAAGCUGGUCCAGGAGGGUUUCAACCCGGACGUCACCCAGGAUCCUCUGUACUUCCUAGACGUCUCCCAGAAGGACUAUGUUCUCCUGACUGGACGUCUGUAUCAGGACGUCGUGUCUGGAAAGAUCAAAUUAUGAACAUGUUGGGACAGGUUCAGGCAGGAGUACAGUGAAAGAUAAGCCCCAUUUCCACUUGACUAGACCUAAACCCCUUCCUCCUAAACCCUUUAAACAAACAUGUAGCAACCACUG